CACAUAUCUGAUUUCUACACGCAGGAAAUGAAUUAUACUGUAAAGUGUAGCUCUCUGUUCAAGAUAGAUCAACUUACUCAGCACUGAAUCCGAACGAAGAUAUUCUAGAAUUCUAAGAUAACCUACCCUUCUCCGCUACGGUCGAACGUGGGAUAAACUGUGCGUGUAAUCUCGGUAAGCAUAGAAUCUUUAUCCCAACCCGGCAGUGACCGUUGUGCGACGUUCGGUUGGGGUCAUAAACAUGGCGUGGAGAGGAUAUUUUGUCAAAUGGACCAAAACAGAAUGUAUAAAUUCUGUCUCCACAGUUUCGAGAGGUAGCAGGUUCACCCUCCACCCCCAGCAGAGGUGUGGUUUCCGGAAAGAAGCAAGGAAACCAGAGACAUGGAAGAGGGACCGGGGCAUCCCAGAAGAAACAGGCCCUCCCCCCUCUGAGGCUGCCGAUGCGGUGGUGUCUCGGAAAGUGGUGCCCCCUAAAUCAGGACCCCCACCCCCUGGCGCGGCCCCCAGGCGUACUGGGAAGCUGUUCAAGCCCUUUAUGUUCACAAUAGGGUUUACAGGGUGCUCCUUUGGUGCGGCCGCCAUCUUGCAAUACGAGUCCUUGAAGUCACGAGUGAAGACGGCCAAGGACGAGGCUGAGCAGGAGAAAAACGGAAAGGCAUCACAAGACAUGACAUACUGGCACAACUGGUGGAACCAGCUAACAGACUUCCAGAAACAGGUCAUCCUGCUCAUGUCCUUUGUAGACGAUUUCUGGAGCAGCCUGACUGAGGGUCAGCAGAUGGCCACUGGGAUCAUAGCGGUCAAUGCUGUGGUGCUCUGCUGUUGGCGAAUACCCUCCAUGCAACGAUUCAUGGUCAAGUACUUUACUGCCAACCCAGCCUCCAAGACGCGGUGCCUUCCCAUGCUCCUCUCCACCUUCAGCCAUUACUCUAUAAUCCACAUGGCGGCCAACAUGUACGUCCUGUGGACCUUCUCCUCCAGCAUCGUCUCUCUCCUGGGGAAGGAGCAGUUCCUCGCUGUCUAUCUCUCUGCUGGCGUGAUCUCCACUAUGGUGAGCUACUUGUGUAAGACCAGCACGGGACGCCUGCAUCCCUCUCUUGGGGCGUCAGGGGCCAUCAUGACGGUCCUGGCCGCAGUCUGCACCAAGAUGCCCGAGGCCAAACUGGGAAUCAUCCUCCUGCCCAUGGUCAGCUUCACUGCAGGCAACGCCUUGAAAGCGAUCGUUGCCAUGGAUGCAGCAGGGCUCAUUAUGGGAUGGAGGCUGUUUGAUCAUGCUGCUCACCUUGGAGGAGCCCUCUUCGGAGUGUGGUAUGUAGCAUACGGCCACAAGCUGAUGUGGAGGAAGAGGGAGCCACUGGUCAAGGCAUGGCACAGCAUGAGAUCUCAGGCCCCUGGUGGACGGGGCAGGCCUGGGGGUUCGGGCGGCGACGGGGGCAGACCUGGACCCCCAACAUAGCACUCUGGGAAGUUGGCCCAUAACCACUGAUCAGGUGUCAGAUAUCCCCCCCAAUUGGUUAGGAUUGGCUGUAGGGGGUAUCUGAACCUAAAUCUGUGGUUAGGGGAAUCUUCUACCUCAAGAAGCCUUUUUUUGGUACUUAUGCCUGGUGAUAUCCAGCUGACAGCUGUGGAGGGCGGGACCCAGCACCCCAAACCUUUGUUCUUCUAAUUGGCGCGUUCCUCUGCCCAGGCGUUGCUGACGCAUGCCUUAUCUGACGUCUGGAUAGGUAUUUUAAGUAUCAGCCAACCACAUCAUAUGUUAUAGCAAUCUGGAGCCCCCAUUGGUUGAUGCAUGCAACAUCUGAGCAGGGAAACGCAACCAAUCUAAUCAGAGAGAGUGGACAUAUUUGUGACUUAAGAUGGCAGUCUUGUUUUAGGAGGAUUUCAGACAGUACUCUAUUGUAACUAAGUCCUAAUGGAUGAAUGAUUCAUUUGGUUUGAUAAGUGACUGUACUCUAGUACAGAUGAUGUUGGCUUUAUCAUUAUGGGGUAGUUUCUAUGAAGAUGUGAGAUGUUACCAUAGAGAUAUUGUAUUACAUAAUGUAUUCAUAUUCUAUGUCUAUGGUUGAUACAGAGACUGCUUCCUGUUCUCUAAACCUGACUUCCUGUUUGUAAGGAAGUGGUUAACGGAGAAUGACCGUCCUGGACUAAAACAACAAACUUCCUCAUUGACCAUAAGAACUUCAACUUCCUUGUAGUUUGUAGGUGUGCUGGCACUGCCAGAGGUUUCUGAAAGGUUGAGGUGCUUAUCUUGGUAAAACAUUUUGUAAAUCCUGAGCCUUACAAAAAAGGUACAUAACACGCCAAAAAUUUCCUCAACACUGCGGUACUCUUUUAUUAAAAAGGUCACCAUCUUCACUGGGGUAGUACAUUUGGGUUUAAAGGGAUACUUCAGGAUUUUCCCAGAGUCAAGAUGAACUCAUGGAUAUCAUGUUUAUAUCUGCAUGCAGUAGAGGUAGUUUUGCUGCACAAGGCAGUUUCUCUGGACCCAUGUAAGGUCGGAGUUCUUCCCCCUCCCUAAAAUAAAAAUCCAUUCAAAGUAUAGACUACAGAUUGCUGUCCGUGGUGCUGAAAUUGCGACGUGUCUAUGCAGCGGGCCGAUCGAAUCAACCUGGUCUCGGGGAAUUUCGUAUUGUUCUGUAUGUAAAUCCGAGACACUCCAUUUAGUAUGAUAUGUUACGAAUUUGCAGACUUACAAUGUAAAAAAAAAAGCAAAACGAGUUAAGAAUUCUAGCUAGGUGGCUAACAUUAGCUAGGCUAGGGGUUAGGGUUAAGUUUAAGAGUUAGUUUAAAGGGUUGGGAAAAGGGUUAGCUAACAUGCUAAGCAGUUGCUAAGCAGUAGCAAGUAGGUAAAGUUGCUAAAAUGCUAAAGAUCUCCUCGAUGAGAUUUGAGCUCGCAACCUUUGGGUUGGUAGACAUUCGCGUAAUACGCCAAGUAACCAUCUGUCUUAUGUAACCAUACGAAACGGAGUGUCCUUAGAUUUACGUACAGAAUAAUACGAAAUUCUCUGAGACCAGGCUGAUGGAAUUGAUGAUAGGCUACAUGCUCUGGCACAACAGAAACCCUAUAGCGUUGCUUCAGCUAAUAUAUGUUUAUUAGGCCUAUUUGGUUGUCAUUUUCUCAUGUUAAGCCUAACAUUUCACUAAGCUAUACAGGGUGUUACACGGCUGCCAUGAUUUAGACUGCUGGCUGGCGGCAAUAAUGUAAUGACUUGUUCUGUAAUUAAAGUUUGAAUUUCAAACAUUGCAGAUUGGUCAAAUACAUUUUCGGUACAACAGAAUACUAAUCGGCAACCAAUUGAUUAAAAAAUAAUACAAUUGUCCUGUAUAGCCUAUCUGAGCCUGCAUGACAUGAGCCGUCCUCAUGCUCUCUCCCAGCUUGGAUAGGAAGUUGUGUGUAAAACCAGUCUAUGAAUGCCAAAUAAUAGUCAGUACACCUUCAAAACACUAGCUUACAUUGUUUCAUUAUGCAGUGUAGCCUACUAUCUAUACCUAUAUACAGGAUUUAUACAAAUUACACAUCAAAAAGCCUAACAAUGAGGACAAAUCCUUGGCUUGGCAUACAUUUAGCGUUGAACUCAGCAGGUUGUCUGGCUAAUAGCUGACAGAAAUGGGCUGCAAUCAAGGUAAAUUUUAGUCCAACUUGAGACUCCCCUGAGCUUCUGAGACAUUGUACAUUAUAUGUCCAUUACGCUGCACACAAUUUAAACUUUGUCUUGAAUGAUGUAUGCCAAGAUAUACCAGAGAUAAGACUGUUGAUAUUGCUACCACACAACUCAAACACAGGAUCACCAGUAUUAAUAAAAUCGCAAACCACUUUUUUAGUUUGAGCCCCCCCCCAGAACUGUUGUCCAGUAUCCUACACAGCUUCCUGUACAGUUACUCUUUCCGGAACGUUUUGAAGCCGGUAAUUAAGGAGAAUGAGAGGCUCAAUUAAAGAUGUUGCAGAACUGCUGUUUUUAAAAUCACCACUCCCUGCUGUUGCAAUCAAACUGUUUUUAACUGUCGCUUUUGCGGGGAGAUCAUUUUAUAACAACUAAAACUCAAAGAACUGCUUAAGAAUUCAACAUUAGGGUCUCGGUCUGAUGCGUUUUUGAACACCUGCCCAGUGGGCAAAACCUGGUUGAAAAGACGUCAGUAUGACAUAUUUUUAUGCCUGCUCAUUCUGGUUGGAAAAGGAUGUUGUUUUUACGCAUUUGUCUGAUGACAAUACGACCAGUUGGUCAUAUAUUAUGUAGCCUACUGGUCAUAGUUAAUACCGUCAUAACCUGGUAAUGACCACAUGACUACAGCUUAUUAGCUACUGUAAAAAGAAAUAUUGCAGAGAAUAAAGUUGGAAAUUGAAAA